GUUGUCAUUAGGACUGUUGCUUUGCUUGUCGAUUCAUUCAGUCAGUACCUAGUUAAAUUACAACAAGAAACGAAAACAAGUUAUUUUUGCUGGUUCGAUUCCGUUCUAGCUGAAACAUUCGAUGUUCUAAGUAGUUAAAGGUAGUCCAAGUAUCCUCCAAUCAUGGAUUCAACGAAAAUUGUGGCCGCGUUGAUACUAGCAUUUUCACUUUUCAAUUCCUGUUCCGCCCUAGAGUGCUAUGUGUGUUCUAACCAGACAGGAAACACAGAGAAGUGUUUGAAUACGAUCAAAACGUGUGGACCGGAUGAGGAAGCCUGUAUGACGCAGAUUCGAUGGGGAAGUAUGCCAUACUUUUCGCUCGGUGCACUGAAACAAUUCUACGUCUCGAAACGAUGCGCCUCGAAGAAGGUUUGCGAAAAGACUCGCACGAAAUAUAUGCCAUUCUGUACCCACAUUUGGUACAACGAUUGGGCCUGUUCCGAGUGCUGUUUGGGGGAUCGGUGUAACUACUACGUCAUUAGUGGUGCUCCUCCAAAAUCUAUGCCUUUGAUAGCUUUCCUAGGAACAAUGGCAAGUAUUAUGAUAGCGAGAUAUCUCUACAACAUGUGAACAGUUUCAUAGAAAGCUAACAAGAGCUGUAUGUGCCUUCAUAUUCUCAAAAGCCUGUUCAGAAGAGAAUGCAAUCAAUGCCGUCCAGGAAGCAGUACUAUUUUUGUUUUAGGUAUAGUAAAUAACAAUCAUUCCAUUCUACGCCUAUUAUUAAGAAAGACAAUAAAAUGAUUUUUUAAAUUAA